AUGGCUGCACCACCCGAGGUCAACCUCGCCAACCUGACUGGGAAUUGGGUCCUGAACCGUGGCCUCGCCAACGAUCCCGACCCCAUGCUAGAGCUACAGGGUGUUCCUUGGUUGAAGCGCAAAAUCAUUCUGCUCGCCACGGUGACCUUGUCCAUCAAGGAGUAUGUCGACGACAAGAACGUCACGCAUAUCGACCUGGAUCAGACCGCCACGGGGGGCAUCCAGGGCACCAGCGAGCUGCGCAUCUUGGACUGGAGUGACACCAUCCACCAAGAUCACAUUUUCGGCACCUUGAAGAGCCGCAAUCGCUGGGUCGCCGACCUCAAGACGUGUGAGAGUGGGGACGGAGGGCCCCUCGACCCGUAUCUGACCGAGGGUUGGUUGGAUGAGAAAGUCGGUCCGAAUGGGGAGGGGUUCGUCCAGAAUUGGGUCAUCAAUGAGGAACUAGGCUGGACUGCGGAACAGGUCUGGGGGUUCACCAAGAUCAAGGGCCAGCGGUAUAAGACCAGGAAGAUCCUCGUGAAGAAGGGGGACCAGAGACUGACUCUAACGCUUGCGUAUGAUUGGAAGGGGAAACCCAAGGCGUAG